AUGGCUUCAUCAUCAUACCUCCGCACCCUACGGCCCACCCUUUCUCCAACCCGCCUCCUCCUUCUCCCCACCCAACAACGCACCUUUCUCAGCAACCCCUUCGCCGCCCUUUCCGCCCUCGCACCGCAAACCACCAACGCACCCCCUCAGAUCCUCACCGCCUGCCGCACACUCCCCUACCCCUCUGCACCCGUAUACUCCAUCAUCGCCGACGUGCCCAGCUACUCCAAAUUCCUCCCCUACCUCACUUCGAGCCAGAUCUCACAAUGGUCAGCCCCAGACGCAGAGUUCGGACGCCGCUGGCCGAGUGAAGGGACGCUGACGGCCGGCUUUGGAGGCAUAGAAGAGAGUUUUGUGUCACGCGUGUAUUGUAUACCUGGCCGCUUCGUCGAAAGCGUAGGCGGCGCAACGCAGACGAGUCUAAAGGCCGGGGAUAUUGCGCAUCAUCUGCAAGAGACAGAAAGUUGCGGGCCGGCGCGAGCAGCAGACGAGUCCAACCUGCUCACCCAUCUAAGGAGCAAAUGGUCCAUCGAGCCCAUGAAGGACAACAACACUCAGGUCUCGCUCGCGGUCGAGUUUGCCUUUGCGAAUCCCAUCUAUUCGGCGUUGAGCGCAAAUGUAGCACCCAAGGUUGCCGACUUUAUGAUCAGGGCGUUUGAAAAGCGGGUGCAGGAGGUCUUGGACGCGAAUCCGAAGAUGAUUGAGGCGAGCUUGGGGGAAAUGGAGGGAAGUGAGCUGAAGAGGUGA